AUGACUGAAAACUCAAGCUCCAGAAUGGACACCCCAACAAACAUCUCUCUGAGUCCCGGCAUCUCCGUCUCUGACUCGUUGGAAUACAAGACGGUGUCAGUGUUCCUGGUCUUGCUUGUGUGUGGCGUCGGCAUUGUGGGAAACAUCAUGGUGGUCCUUGUGGUGCUUACAACGCGCCACAUGAGGACUCCCACCAACUGUUAUCUGGUUAGCCUUGCUAUAGCAGACCUGACUGUGCUGGUGGCGGCGGGACUGCCUAACGUGGCGGACAGUCUGACGGGGACUUGGGUGUUUGGCCACGCCGGCUGCCUGGGGAUCACCUAUCUUCAGUACCUUGGCAUCAAUGUGUCCUCCUGCUCCAUCACUGCCUUCACUGUGGAGAGGUACAUAGCUAUCUGCCAUCCAAUGAAGGCUCAGACAGUAUGUACGGUUUCCAGGGCCAAGCGGAUCAUUGCCGGGGUUUGGAUCUUCACCUGCGUCUACUGCAUGCUGUGGUUUUUCCUUGUGGACAUUCAGGUCAGCCAGGAUGGACAUGUGCAGUGUGGCUACAAAGUGAAACGCGAGCUCUACCUGCCGAUCUACCUCAUCGACUUUGCCAUUUUCUACGUCAUCCCGUUGCUUCUUGCAAUUGUGCUGUACGGCCUCAUCGCACGGAUCCUCUACCUCAGCCCUCUGCCCAACCAGCCUGACACCAGAGCCACCACACUGCGGCGGAGCUGCCGGGAAGCCUCUGAAGCAGGAAAGGGAGGUCGCCCAGGCCGGCCAAAGAGUGCGCUCUCCUCCAGGAAACAGGUGACAAAGAUGCUGGCAGUGGUGGUGAUCCUAUUUGCUCUUCUUUGGAUGCCCUACCGGACUCUGGUUUUGAUUAACUCUUUUGUAUCAACACCCUACCUUGACGCCUGGUUCAUCCUGUUUUGUCGGACAUGCAUCUACGCCAACAGCGCUAUAAACCCUGUGAUAUACAACGCCAUGUCUCAGAAGUUCCGCUCUGCAUUCCGUGGGCUUUACCGUUGUCAACAGCCAGACGUAAACCAGAGGACGCUGUCGCUGAUCCAAACUGGAUUCAGCACCGUCAGAGACCCACGAACAUCCCAGCCCAGCAGCAAUGGUACAAAUGGAAAGACAAGAAAAGCCAUCCUAAGUACCAAUAUGACAUCAAAGCAGAAUGGAAGGGGUCAUCAGGAGUCAGAAAGCUUAAGUGACAAGAAGGCAGAACAUUCCAUCGAUAUCAGCUCAACUACUUUUGGUUUAGCUUUGAAUGGAAAUGAGAAGUCAGAUUGGCCUCCAUCAAACGAUACCACAGAUAAGCAAGAAAACAUGUAAAUAGUUUCACAUCACCAUAGUAUGAUGAUGAAUUUGUUAUAACCACUGAUAUCGGUCAAGAAAACUAAUUUAAUAGUGCUGUUUGCAUCCUAUGACAAACAGCUGUGGAUCACUUAUGAAGUGAAGGUCCCUCAUGAUGAACAAUUUGCUAUCUAAAACACUGCAUGUGAUGCAAUUUCAACUAUCCAAGUGAGAAUAUCCAUAAACGAGGCUAAGCGCUACUGAGUAUAGAAAGGAUUCUUUAAAACACUAAGUUACAGUAUUAAAAGCCUUUAUUACUACAACUGCUUAUGUUUUCUUAGCUGGCAAAAGAUUUCUCCAGUUUAUUCGUUUAACAGCUCAGAAACCGCAAGAAGAUUUUUUUGAGAAAGCAGGUUGACAACAGUUUGAAGAGAAAUGACACAUCCAGUUUAUUUAGUAAUCAGAAGGUUUUCUUGUUCACUGAAUAGUGUCAAUAGGACGGUUUUGAUUUUCGGAUCCACUGUUUAUUUCAGGUCAUAAACACAUAGUGGCUGAUGAGAGUGAGUUCAAAUGACUGCACACGGGACAGUAUAGACCGCUCAAGAAUCAUUAAGUAAUUCUUAAACUGAAUCAUGGUCACCCUUUUCAAAGAAGCUGUGAUUUUGUUAACAUCAACUUUCGGUUACAGAGAGAAAUCAAUCCUCAAUUUCGCGGAAGAAAGCCUUGUGAUUCUUUGACCAAUAUGUUGCCCAGACUCCUGCCAAAAAUGACCUUUCAUACUCUUUUACUGUGCCAACUGAUGUAAAAGGCACUCCAAAUAACAGCAAGCGUACAGUGCUGAUAUAGGUCAUGAGAAUGGUGCCUGAAGCUUUAUUUUCUGGAGUGCUGGGCCUCCAGCCAAGCUGCCAAUUUUUAGACUUGUGAAUUAAAACGUGUUAUGAUGAUUAUAAUAAUUAUUACGAUACUGAUAAACAUUACAGUUUUGUAAAUAAAUCGACAUUUGUAAAUCAAUUCAUUUACAGCGCACAACAAAUGUGCAUGAUGUGAUGAUUAUGCUAACUGACCAGCAAGAGAUACAUUCAAAAACUGUGGAUUUUAGCUUUGCAACAUUGGAACAAAACUUUAUAUUCUCUAAAUACCUCUGGAUUUUAAUGUGUGCUAAACUUUGAUUCCUGCCACCUAUCACCACAGUAUAACAGGUUCAUGUAAUCUGUCAUGAAUGUUAAAGCACCUGUGAUUUCACUUAGAGGUUAUUUCCCCCCACAAAAAAGAACAUUCUCAUCCUGCUUUCUUUUCUGUCUAAAAUGUUUCUCUUAUUGAGAAUCUUUGCCAUGAAAAAAAGGAUUUAAAAAAAAAAGGCUGUUUCUGUAGCAUGCUGUUAAUCACUUCACCCGACACCUACCCUGCUGCAGGGUUUAGAGGCCUUAAAAAUAUCAAUCUAGAAAUAGUCAAUGGUUUUGCUGAUGCUCUUGAUUGCUUAUGUAAAGGUCAGAAAAAGAUAAAUAUUAAUUUCACGUCUGUGGCAAGGGAAAAUAUUCUGAUACAAAUGUAAUGUGACACAUCGUCUUUCACUUAAAUUAUUUUUUUUCUUCUGACAUUAUACAUAUAAAGCACUUAUUUGGUUUUGA